GGUUGACGACUUCUAGAUGCAGCCUACCACCCAUUUCUCCGAUGAUUAUUACCAGAUGGGGGACGCUAGUCCUGUCUUCCAGGCUCAACGUGACAGAGCAGUUAACCUGGAGCUCAGUGGACUACCAGGAACUACCAUUGGGAACGCCUACACCGCAGUCGCAAAAGUGUUCAAUUACACCAAUCCCAAGAACGGGCGUCGGGAAACCCUUAUCGCCGUCCUUCAAUACCUCGAGAGCUACGACCUCUUCGGCGCAUUAAGGGUCUCGAAGGCGUGGUGUCGCUGUGCGGUCGAACUCUUGUGGUUCAAGCCCAACUUCCCUCGGUACAGUGCCGUUGAGAAGGUAGCCCGCGUACUCCAGCUCUCGAGUCCUGCUUUCCCUUACGCGCAGUACAUUCGAACGCUCAAUUUCAUGAAAUUCGGACGAGAGCUACGGGACGAUGUCCUCUCUAUCUUCGACCGUUGCUCGCAGCUGGAACGCCUCACGCUGUAUGGUUGUGCGAUGAUUACCCCCACGUCCCUCCAACGUGUCUUCACCUGCUCUGCCAAUCUCAUUGCGAUCGACCUCAGCGGUGUUACAGAAACUACCCCUGAAGUUAUCAUCAGCCUUUCCCAAGUAGCCAGGGGCAUGAAGGGCGUUAACCUCAGCGACUGUCGCGUCGCAGAGUCGGCCUUACUCGCGCUCGCUGAUAACUGCCAUGGGUUGGUCAGAAUCAAGUUGGCUGGCAACGCUCUCGUCACCAACGCUGCAGUCACAGCUCUCGUCAGUAACUGCCCUUCACUCGUUGAAAUCGAUCUUGGAAGGUGUCCUUCGAUUGCAGAUGUUGCUGUUCGGGAUAUAUGGUUACAUUCGAAGAGGAUUAGAGAGGUUCGCUUACCCCACUGCACCUCUCUCACUGACCGCGCAUUCCCCGCCGUCGAUCCAACACCCGAAAGUGAAGUCCCGAGUCGUCCCCCUCCUCUCCAUAUCGAGAAUUCGUUGCAGGAGCUACGCCUGCUGGAUCUUACAGGAUGCUCAAUGAUCACCGACGCCACCAUUGAAGGAAUCAUCGCGCGUGCACCGAAGAUACGCACACUCAACCUUGCAAAAUGUCCUGCCCUCACCGAUCGAUCCGUGAAAGCCAUAUGCGGGCUCGAGAAGUACCUCCACCACCUCGAACUCGGCCAUCUGACCAGCCUCACGGAUGACUCUAUCAAAACCUUGGCCGGAAGUUGUACGAGGAUCCGUUACAUUGAUCUUGCAUCCUGCAGAAACCUGACAGAUGUAUCUGUCGCUGCAUUGUCGAGUUUGACAAAGCUCCGUAGGAUUGGUCUUGUCCGCGUGGAGAAGUUGACCGACGAGGCUAUGUAUUCCCUGGCUGAACGGCACGAGACCCUCGAGAGGAUCCACUUGUCGCACUGCACCCAGAUCAGCGCUGAGGCGAUCUACUUUCUGUUGUCAAGACUUCUUAAGCUGACUCACCUCAGCUUGAGCGGGAUCCCAGGCAUCAUGGAACACAAUGUACACGGAUUCAGUCGCGAGGCUCCGCCGGACCUCAACUCUGUACAACUUCAGCAGUUCCGUGUCUUUUCAAAGGAGGGAAUUCCUGAAUUGCGAAACCACUUGAAAGAGUUCUAUGACACCGCACCAUACUCUCAAAGCGGCGCGGAAGCGGCUGGGCCACCAACCACCGUUUACACGGUGAGUCUUACCGGACCGCCAGGCAGUGAGCUUGAGGACUGCCUGUAG